AUGAGUUCGAAUGCAGAAUUUAAUCUUCGAUUUACGAAAAAAAUGAUUGAACGAGAAGCAUCAGCAGCUGAGAAAAAGUAUGAAGCUAGCCGAAAAAAAGCAGUGAGCGCAUUGAAAAAAUCUGGUGAUGUUGAAACAGCUCGUAUCUAUGCUGAAACUGCUAUUCAAAAUCGAACAUCACACAAUCAAUUUCUUAUUAUGGCUUCUCGCAUUGACAGUAUUAUUUCUAAAAUUCAACAAGCUAACGCACAAAGUGUCAUGGUUCAAAAUAUGAAACAAGUCAAUAAACUACUUGAACAUGUAAAUAAAGACAUGAAUAUUUCAGAAAUAGCUAAAGUUAUGGACCAAUUCGAACAAGUUUUCGAAACGUUCGAUGUUAAAGAACAAGUUAUGAGUAAUGCAAUGAAUCAAGCCAUGGCAACAAGCACACCUACUGAUGCUGUGCAAAAUCUUUUACGUCAAAUUGCUGAUGAAAAUAAUUUAGAUAUCGGCGAACAACUUAAUGCAAUUCCAACGGUUCCACAAACUGUUAAAACGCCAGCACAACAAGAAGCUGCAGCGCAGAGUAACCGUUUAGCUGCUAUUCGUCAUGCUACAUAA